AUGGCCGUGAUCACAGUCAAAAUCAAGGCCUCCGGCGACAAGAAGCACGAGGUCCAGGUCGACACGGACGCCACCAUCGAGGACCUCAAAACCAUCAUCGAGGCCGCCACAGAAGUGCCUGCGGCCAGCCAGAGGCUCAUCUACUCCGGCAAGGUCUUGAAAGACGCACAAACCGUGGCUCUGUACAAGAUCCAGAAUGACCACAGCGUCCACCUCGUCAAGGGCUCGGCGGCAAAGGCCGCGGCUCUGGCGCUGUCCCCCGCGGCUAUCUCCGGUACCGGGAACAGUGUGACCAGCUCGGGCGCGGCGCUGGGCGGCUCCACGCCGUCCGCAGGCACCCAGGGGACGACCGUGCCCUCCAACAUUGCCGCCGGCCAGGGCUCGUUCAACCCUUUGGCGGAUUUGACGGGCGCGCGCUACGCCGGGUACACGCAAUUGCCCUCGGCCUCAAUGUUCGGCCCCGACGGCGGUAUGGGUGCGUUCCCGGACCCGGAGCAGCUCGAGGGCAUCAUGCUGAGCCCGGCGUUCCAGGAGCAGAUGAAUGCAUUGAUGCUGGACCCGCGCAUGUUGGACAUGAUGAUUGACCAGAACCCACAGUUGCGCAACAUGGGCCCCGAGGCGCGCCAGAUGUUGCGGCCCAUGUUCCGCGAGAUGAUGUCCAACCCCGAGAGCAUGCGGUCCAUGAUGAACAUGGGCCGUGCGGCCCAGGCCAGUGGGCUCGGUGGAAUGGGCGGUUUGGGCGGCUUGGGCGGCGCUGCCCCCGGCGACUCGUCGUUCCCUGCGCCAGGGUCCAACCCCACGGUCGAGGAUGGCGCCGCGGCCACCGGCCCUGACUCAGGUGCUGGCUCGGGCGCUGGGGCCGCGGCCGCAAACCCGUUCUUGAACAUGUUUGGCGGCAGUGCCGCUGGCGCGGGCGGGGCUCCCGGACUCAACCCCUUCGCGCUCGGUGGCCUUGGUGGUCUCGGCGGUGCCCCACAGGCCGCGCCCGUCGACAACAGACCCCCCGAGGAGAAGUACGAGAACCAGUUGAGCCAGCUCAAUGAGAUGGGGUUCUCGGACUUCGACCAGAACGUCGCCGCGUUGAGACGCAGCGGCGGCAACGUGCAGGGAGCGCUCGAGUUCUUGUUGUCAGGCGGCUUCUAG